CAGUACUAGAGAUAGGUGACGUGUGUUACACUGUUCUCCUUCCCCCGGAAACUCCACGAUCCCCUAUUACAGAGCCGUGUCGUGUGUCACACUGUUCUAGGUCCCCUCAGAAACUCGAUUUAUAGCGUGAUACUCAUUGCCACACUGUUCUCCCCCCUUGGAAACCUCAACAGUGCUACAGAUAGGUGUCGUGCGUUACACUGUUCUCCUUCCCCCGGAAACUCGAAUACCCGCUUGUCACAUUGCUUCCCUUCCCCCGAAAACAAAUGCAUGCCGUUUGAUCAGAAAAGCUAACAAUGUUCGACAGUUUCAAGCACAAAGUUGGCGAGGUUGUCCUCCCCGGGGACGUGUUUUCUUUCGCCUCGCUGGCGCCGGACAGCAGGGUGGAGAAACUCAUCUGUGGACCCGGACUCCGCCGGAACGGGGACGAGGUGCUCGUGUGUAAAAGCGGCGUCCUGCGCCACAAGCCGCCGAACCUGUUCUGGGUCGACUCUCAGCAGAGACGGUACGUCCCGGCCAAGGGCGAGAGCGUGAUCGGCAUCGUCACGACCAAGGUGGGCGACACCUUCAAGGUGGACGUGGGCGGCAGCGAGCAGGCCUCCCUGUCCUACCUGGCCUUCGAGGGCGCCACCAAGCGGAAUCGGCCCAACGUCCAGGUAGGGGACCUUGUGUAUGCCCAGUUCAUCAUCGCCAACAAGGACAUGGAGCCCGAGCUGGUGUGCAUCGACAGCUGCGGCCGCGCCAACGGCAUGGGGGUGUUCGGUACUGACGGGCUGCUCUUCAGGGUGUCUCUCGGGCUCGUCCGCAGGUUGCUGGUGCCACAAAGCGAGAUUGUGAAGGACCUGGAGCGGCUCUUCCCUUUCGAGAUGGUGGUGGGAAUGAACGGGCGCGUGUGGGUGCGAGCACGAACAACGCAGCAAACGCUCAUCGUGGCCAACCUCUUGGAGAGCUGUGAGAACAUGACUGCAGAGCAGCGCAAGGCGCUUUUCCUCCGCGUGGCUGGCGGAUGUCCUUGAGUGGAUGGACCCCCGCGCUGGGUGGGCUGCCCGAGGCGGGAGCGCGGGGGACGGAGGGCAUGUCAGCUGGAUGCCGUCCCUGCAGGGCGAAGCUGUGCCGACAGAUGGCCUCCCCCCCCCCCGCCUUCAGUCCCGUCCGUCUCCAGGAAACGUGCAGAUGUGUUCCAGAGUGGAGAACCGACAGCGCUGCUGCUUCCUGUUCCUGACGUCUCACUUUCAGAAUUCUCUGGGAGACUGAAACGAGCGGGACGCUACUUCCUCAUCCUCCCCUCUCUUUUGUAAAGGUUUCCUUUUAGUGUUCUAAGGGUGUUUUUUGUACAUUUUCCCAAAUAAAUCUUGUCUCUAAUGCUACGUUUGAAAUGGUUUAUUAUAUUUAUGGUACACUUUCCUCUGACGUUAAGCUACUUACACAUUUG